AUGGCCCCGGCUCGCCUCUUCGUCGUCGUCCUCGGCACCGCAUUGGUUCUGCUCCCCUUCUCCCCUGCAGAUGCCGGCGUGGUGGGCGUGAGCUACGGCCGGUUGGGAAACGACCUGCCGGAUACGGCUUCGGUGGUAAAGCUUCUGAAGAAGAGCGGCAUCACCUCGGUGAGGCUUUACGACGCCAACUCCAAGGUGCUCAAGGCCCUGGCCAACACCGGAAUCACGGUGAUGGUAAUGCUACCCAACGACAACCUCGCCGCCGCGGCCGCGGACCCGUCGAGCGCUCGGCGGUGGGUGCGGAGAAACGUGGCGGCGUACUACCCCGCCACGCGGAUCCACGGCGUGGCCGUGGGGAACGAGGUGUUCGAGGAGGCCAAGAACUUGAGCGGGCAGCUCGUCCCGGCCAUGGCCAACGUGCACGACGCGCUGGUGAAGCUGGGCCUGGACGAGGCCUUGAAGGUGUCGACGCCGAUCGCGUUCACCGCGCUCCAGGCGUCGUGGCCGCCGUCCGCUGGCAGGUUCCGGGACGACAUCACGGGGUCGGUGAUGAAGCCCAUGCUCGAUUUCCUGGAGCGGACGGGAUCGUACCUCACCGUCAACGCCUAUCCGUUCUUCGCGUACGCCGACGAGCCAGACAAGAUCUCCCUCGACUACGCCCUGGGGAACUCCAACUCCGCCGGCGUGCGCGACCCCGUGACCGGGCUCGUGUACCACAGCCUCCUGGACGCCCAGCUCGACGCCACGUACUUCGCGAUGGAGAAGCUGGGGACAUCCAGUUCCGGUGCGCAGGAGCACAAUUCCAUGGCGCGAAACGGUCCGCGUGCGUAUGUUUCGGAGAGCGGGUGGCCUUCCGCCGGCAGACUCAAACCCGGCGGUAGGCCACGCCCACGCGGCGGCGGGAGGCGUUGUUUGGAGCAGGCUGGCGAUGACGCGGCUUCGGUAGCCAACGCUAAAGCUUACAACAACUACCUCAUCAACCGCGUGGUGUCCGGUGACACGGGCACCCCGUACCGCCCCGACGCCGACAUGGACGUGUACGUCUUCGCCCUCUUCAACGAGAACCAGAAGGGCGACGGAGCGGACGACAUCGAGCAGCACUUCGGCCUGUUCUACCCGAACCAGACGAAGGUGUACGAGUUCGAUUUCCGGGGCGGCGCUCUGGCGAGCUGGUGCGUGGCGAACGCGUCCGUCGGGGACGCGUGGCUGCAGGCGGCGCUGGAGUACGCGUGCGGCCACGGCGCCGACUGCGGCGCCAUCCAGCCCGGCGCGCCGUGCUUCGAGCCGGACACCAAGCUCGCGCACGCCUCGUAUGCGUUCAACAGCUUCUACCAGCGCAACGGCCGGGCCAAGGGGGCGUGCGACUUCGACGGCGCCGCCUACGUCGUGUAUCACGAACCAGCUGGUGAGUUCUCGACGUCUCGCCACUUCUCUUUCCCAUUGUCCCCUUGUCCUAGUAGUAUGGCAACAUCUCACCAUCUCAUGGUGUCCUCGUGCACUGGUGUAUGUAUCGACGUAGGCACCUGUGACCCGAACGUGAGCUGGUGCGUGGCGAAUGCGGCGGUCGGGGACGCGCGGCUGCUGGCGGCGCUGAACUACGCGUGUGCCAACGGCGCGGACUGCAGCGCCAUCCAGCCCGGCGGAGCGUGCUUCGAGCCCGACACCGUGGUCGCCCACGCCUCGUACGCGUUCAACAGCUACUACCAGCGGAAGGGCCGGGGCAGCGGCACGUGCGACUUCACCGGCACCGCCUCCGUCGUCUACCACGCACCAAGUGAGUCCACGAUUCUUUCUUUGCUCGCAUUAUUGUUCUCUCCAGCUGUUCCUCACUACUGA